AAUAUUUUUUAAAGGUCGUCAGUGAGAAGUGGAGAAAUGGCUAAAUUGACCCAGUUAAUUGAAAAUGAAGUCUUCCGGGCUUACGCUACUUACGCAACUAUCGUUCUUCUAAAGAUGAUGCUAAUGAGCCUGAUAACAGCAUACUUUAGGAUCACAAGAAAGGCGUUUGUCAACCCAGAAGAUACAGCAUCGUUUGGUAAAGGCGAGAGUGCUAAAAAAUUCCUGCGGACCGAUCAAGAUGUUGAACGAGUACGCAGAGGCCACCUGAAUGACCUUGAAAAUAUUGUCCCGUUUCUUGGCAUUGGACUGCUGUAUGCUCUCAGUGGCCCUGAGCUGUACACAGCCUUGCUGCACUUCAGGAUCUUCGCUGGGGCUAGGAUCACUCACACUUUUGCGUACUUGAUCCCUCUUCCCCAGCCCGGCAGAGGUCUGUCUUGGUUAAUUGGGUAUGCAGUGACCAUCUCAAUGGCGUACCAAGUGCUGAAGGCGGUCUUACACCUGUAGUGAAGUCGUAGCUUCUCUCUACCGUUUGACAUUCCA